AUGACGAUCAAGAGGAAAAAAGAAGAGACAGAAUUAUCAUCGGAUGAUGAUGCAUCAUCAUCCCUGUCGAGCGAGGAAUCAUCGGACGAUGAAGCAACCACUGAGUUGUUGAAAAGAUAUAUCUCGUCGGGGCAACGCAUGUUGGAUGAGGCUUCAAAAGCUACACUUUUUGCAAGCGUUCCCAAUAACACAACAAAUGCAGUAUCUUCAUCUUCAUCAUCAAAUAGUAAUGGAUUAUUGUCAUUACUGCACGAAAAUGAAAAUAUUAUAGGUAACGGACAAAGUCAGCAUGAACCAAAUGCGCCAUUAACACCAAUCCAUCAUGAUCAUCUUUCAUCGGAACUAAAUUCAGAUAUUCAUAAUAAUAACAAUUAUGAUGUUAUAAAUCCAUCACCUAUAGUAACAACUAACACAACAAUCAACGAUGCAUCAACGCCGAAUGAUCAUCACGUGACAAGUGUUCAAACUCCAUACACCAACACUGUUGUAACUCCUAUGCAUAAUUUUCAAUCCACCAUGGACAAUACACGAAUGAUUGAUGAAGAAGAGGAUGUUGCCAGCAGUGUACAAUCCAGAUUAUUCAUGUUAAAAAACGGGUUACGGCUUAAUUCUGAAUAUAGAGAAUUAAUUCAAGCUGAGCUUGAGAAGAUUGAGCAAGCACAACGAAAUGUUGGAGAUUUGCAGAGAGAGCUAAGAACAGAGUUUUUGCAGCGUCAAAAAGGUCCUCCAAUGUCACUCUAUCCUGCACGCAAGAAUUUAGCACAAGCAACUGGUAAAAUUUCUAAGAAAUUAGCUUGUGAAUAUUUUGUGACCUUGGCACAAAGCAAACUAAAAGCAGCUGGAUCUAAUGCAAUUAUUGUGGACAAGUUCAACACGACUCUGGUAAAAUCAGAGGCAUUAGCAUCGAAGAAUAGUAUCGAUAAACCUAAGAAACCAAAGAAAAACCAGAAAAAGAAAAAAAGAAAUACUGAGGACGAAGAAUACAUUAGUGAAUCCGAAUUUGUAUAUUCAGAUGAAGAGAAUGUGGUGGACGAUGAAAUGGAAAUAGACACAUCAAUUCCACAAGAAAAAGACAAUGAUGUAACAGUAAUAGAAGGUCCAAAACCAAACGAUGAUGCAAUUAAGAGGCACAGCUUAAUUGAUAAAACAGUUAUCGUUGACACCAGAAAAUGGACCACCAACGAGAUUAAGAAUUUACGGUAUGCCAUUAGACUACAAUCACAAGAGUUGAAAUGUGCAUUUAUCCUCGAAAACUACAAAGGAAAUAGCGCUCUCAUCAAAAAAGAAUUUGAGAAUAUUUCUAAAAUGCCAGGUGAAGAAUUGGAAAAUAUUGAAACUUCUAAAAUAGAUUGGGAAAAGGUGGCCAUGUAUCAUGUAAAAACUAGAAAGCCUGAAGAAUGUAGAAAAUAUUGGGAAAUUGAGCUUGCCAAAGACAUCAAAAAAGAAAAUUGGACAAAAGAAGAAGAUUUAAAAUUACUUCGUGUUGCCGAGGAUUAUAAGGGCCACGAUUGGGAAAAAAUUGCAGAAAAGAUGUACGAGAAUCAGGAGCUCACAAGAAGACCAAUUCACUGUUUCAGAAGAUAUCAAAGAAGUUUAAAUACAAACAUGAUGAGAAGUAAAUGGACUCCAGAAGAAGAUGACAAAUUAAUGGAAGCUGUCAAAUUAUUUGGAGAAAAGAAUUGGCAGCAAAUUGCAAAUCAACUCGACGAAAGAACAGGCCAACAAUGUCUACACCGUUGGAUGAAAACUUUAAAUCCAGCAAUCAAGAGGGGAAGAUGGACCGUCGAGGAAGAUAAACGAUUGUAUUUAGCGGUUCAUGCUUAUCCACCGAACAAUUGGGUGCUUGUAAAUAGACAUACUCCAGGCAGAACAGAUGUACAGUGUAGAGAACGGUGGUGCAACAUUUUGAAUCCUGAUUUAAAGGUUGGUCCUUGGACAAAAGAAGAGGAUGAAAGUUUAAAGAAGGCAAUCAAAGAGCUAGGUGCAGGCAAUUGGUCUAAAAUUGCCGAAGUCAUGUAUCCCAGAACAGAUAAUCAAUGUUGGAGACGAUGGAGACUAAUCAGUUCUGAAGAAGUUCCAGAUUAUAGAAAAAAGAUUUUGAAACGAGAAAAGGCGCUUGUAAAAAACUUUGUCGGUAGAGAGAAAGAAAGACCAGACAUCACUGCUGACGAUCUUGAAAUACCUCAUCCAGAAGAAGAAGAUGACAGUAUUGGCUAUCACAUUAAGGAAUUUGUUAACGACACUAGGACCAUAUUUUUUGCUUCCAAUAGAAGCAAUAACUUGUUGUCACAAUCCAUAUGCUUGGAGGCGUUGUCCACUCUUGAAAAGUCUCUUUCCAUUCCCAAGCUGAAGAAUAUUUUAGAAAUUGAAUGGCAACGGAUGGAGCAAAUUCGAUAUCUCGUUGAAAAAACACCUUACUUUAUCGGAGUGCCACCUUCUAAUUUUGUGAAGAGAAUAUUUCAUCUCUUGAGUGCAUAUCGACUUCCAACAGAGUUGAACAGCUGUCACGAUACUCAGGAUUUACCUACAACUCACCCAUCCUCCAACCACCUAGAUAUGACUCCUCAACAGCAACGAAUUUCACACUUCAAGCAAUCCAUUCCUCCAGUACAAGCAAACACUCCAAUAUUUACCACACCAUGUAUCAUUCCAACGAAUCUCUUUCCCUCUCUUCCAUGUAUUCCUGCAAGUGCUGUAUCCCUUAAUGCUUUGGCAACACUUCACGAAAUUUUGAACAAGCAAGGUAAAUCAACCUCUCAAAAAACAACAACAACUGUGAACGUUGAAGUAAUAGAUGAGAAUAACCAACAUUUGGAAUCACAAUCAAUACUUUUAAAGAGUGUGAAAAUGCCAACAUUUGAAUCUCAGAUUAAGGAUGCACCCUAUGAUCCUCCAGUACUCAUUCACAAUGACCCCACCGUUCUCAAAUCAAACGAAUUCAAAACUCUGACGAGUGUAUUUAAUUCUCUCUUUCAAAGACCUUUACAACAAACCAUGGGAAGAAUUGCUGAGAGAUUACCUUUUUUAUUGAGACGUGUUCCAAACAUUGACACUUUAAAUGAUUAUGUAGAAGAAUGUCAAACCACCUAUCAACAUGAAUGUCAAAACUCUACGGACCCUAUUCUCAUUGAGAAGUCACAAUGGAACACGGAUACUUCUUUGAAUGAACCUCCAACAUUUCCUUCUCUAUUUUCAUUGUAUCAGCAUUUACCGAAUGAUCAAUUUUUCGAAAAGGAACCUGCUACAGCUCCUGCGACACCGAUCGUUGUGACGAAACCUAAGGGGGUGCGUGGACGGCCAAAAGGCUCAAAGAAUAAGAAGACGCUAGAACGAGCACGAGGAGAGGUUGGAAAUUCUGGUUCUGUUGGUGGUGUGGCUAAUGCUAAUGGAGAAGCUUCUUCGUCUUCCACCAUACUAAACACUCAGCAAUCUGAAACGUCACAACAACAAGGCGUUGUCGUUCAGAAAAGAGGAAGGGGAAGACCCAAAGGUUCCAAGAACAAGCCAAAAACGUUGGAACAGCUCACCGAACAAAAGAAAAAGCAAUUGAACAAGCCAGUGGUUAGAAAAGUGUCUAAAAAUUCAUCUGGAUCCUCAAAGAAGAGAAAAACCUCAGAGAAUAUCACAAAUGUUGAUGAAGCGGAGGAUCAUGAAAAUUAA